AUGUCUGACUCCAGUUCAGCCCCGAAGAAAGCUGGUUACUGGUAUUUCGGCGGUGUGGCAAGUGCAAUGGCUGCUGCAUGCACCCAUCCUCUGGACCUUAUCAAGGUUCACUUGCAGACCCAACAAAAGAAGGAGGUCGGUAUGAUCGGCAUGGGCGUUCGUGUGUUUAAGCGCGAUGGUUUCUUCGCGUUGUAUAACGGUAUUAGCGCGUCAAUUUUGCGCCAGCUCACAUACUCCAUGACUCGCUUCGGUAUGUACGAAGGCUACAAGGGACAAAAGGGCUCCCCAAUGUCGUUUACUGAAAGUGGCCUUGUGGCCUGCAUUUCUGGAUUUUGUGGCGGCAUUGUUGGAAACCCCGCUGAUAUGAUCAACGUCAGAAUGCAGAACGAUAUGAAGAUUCCAGCGGCUGAAAGACGCAACUACAAACACGCCAUUGAUGGACUCGUCCAGGUUAUCCGUAAGGAGGGGACCAUGAAGCUGUUCAGCGGAGUUUCCAUGACCGCGACCCGUGCUGCAUUUAUGACCUUUGGUCAGUUGGCCUUUUACGACAAGUUUAAACUCAUGCUGUUGCACACCGGAAAGUUUGACGACAAACCAUUUACUCACAUGCUGGCCAGCUCAAGUGCAGUAAGUUAUCUUCCUAUAGAUCCUCGCCAUUGCUGCCGAAGUUUUACCUCUCUUCUUUAG